GUUUAUGUGUGGAACUCUCGGAAGUUCCGCACCACUGUCUUCAUACUCUGAUUUGAACUUUUAGUAGUAAGACGAAAAUAUAGCCUAAAAUAAUUUUUGAUUUUUGUAGCGUAUUUUCUCACACAUCUCCAAGCUAAAAGAUCCAUGCUUGUCAGUGAUGAAGGAAGGUUAACUGAAUGAAUGUACAUGAGUCUGCACCAGCUAAACGAAUCUACCUGGUCUGUUUAUUGGUCAGAAUGUCUACUAAAGGUGGUUGGUAUAGAAUAUAGUUCUGUUAGAAGGUCUUUUCCAACAACUCUAGUCCAAACACAUUACAUGAGUUCCUUGCACUGUUUUAUCCUUUCAGACCCAGUGGGUCGCGACUGGCCCUUUGUUCGUUGCGCUUCAACUGCUACGGAAUCAGCUCCACUUAUGAAGACCUUUUCCAUUUACAGAUGGAACCCAGAUAAACGUGGCGAAAAACCCACUAUGCAAAAUUAUCAAGUCGAUCUUAAUGAUUGCGGACCUAUGGUCUUGGAUGCUUUAAUCAAGAUAAAGAAUGAACAGGAUCCUACUCUAACAUUUCGACGUUCUUGCCGUGAAGGCAUAUGUGGUUCUUGUGCAAUGAAUAUAGAGGGUCGUAAUCACCUUGCCUGUAUAUGGGAAAUAGAUCCAGAUGUUAGCAAGACAACUAAAAUAUAUCCAUUGCCUCAUAUGUACGUAAUUAAGGAUCUAAUUCCAGAUAUGAAUAAUUUUUAUGCUCAGUACCGUUUUAUUGAGCCUUAUUUAAAGAAAAAGAAUGUGUCUGAAGAAGAUAUUGGGAAAAAGACUUAUUAUCAGUCAGUGGAAGACAGAGCAAAGUUAGAUGGGCUUUACGAAUGCAUUUUGUGUGCCUGUUGUUCUACUUCGUGUCCAUCUUAUUGGUGGAAUGGUGAUAAGUAUUUGGGUCCCGCUGUUCUACUUCAGGCUUACAGAUGGUUAGUUGAUUCACGUGAUGAUUAUACGUAUGAACGUUUGGCUGAGUUCCAAAACAAGUGGUCACUUUAUCGAUGUCAUACUAUUAUGAAUUGCACAGAAACUUGCCCAAAAGGAUUGAAUCCUGGUUUGGCUAUUGGAGAGAUUAAGAAAAUGCUAAUCUAUUUCAAUCAGUAUAAACACAAGAAACCGGAGACGAGAACUGUCUAGACCAUAUGAUCUCAUUAAUCACGUAUUUUCUCGAAUUCGGUUAACUUACUGACUAUUUAUAGUGAAUCCCUAUUAAUUUUUCUCCAAUUUCUAAUUUAACUUAUAAAUACGAA